AUAAUUGAUCAAAGCAUGAUAAACAUUAUCGCCGUUCUAAUAUUGGAAUAUGGAUCGGGCGUAUUUGGAAUUUUGCAAUUAAAUGAGUCCGAGGCAAUACUCAGAAGCAUAACGGAUAACUGUGCAGGGCUUACGUUUGAUACCCAGCCCAGCACAAAUGAGAUCCUACACAUCAUCGUCAUAUUCUUCUUCGCUAUUCUCUUCUCUGUGCUGACCUACCCAUUGUUCCGGAAAUAUGAAUGGUCGAUAUACGAAAAGAUUAGCAUUGACGAAGAUUUGAGAAAGGCAUAUAGGGCUAGACUGAUAUUUACCACGUGUUUAAAAAAUGUGGCGAUGUUCGCUUUCUUGUACAUUUUCCUCUCCCUGGGUGCGAUUCUACCCCUGGUCAAAGAUUCUUCUAUGUUAUCGAAAGUAUUUUUUUCGAUAAAUCUCUUGAUGCAAGCGAUUACCCUCGCACUUGUGCCACUCGCAUUUUAUGGGGCUUCCGAAGAAUCGAAAUCGGCAAUGAUAAGUUUCAUGAUUUUUGGGGUUUUCGUGUUUGCAAAUUACGGAUACCUGCUUGGUGCGAACGGAGGAAUUGCAGUCUCCAGUGGUUUUGUGUUUUGGUUAUGGUUUACGAUCAUAUUCUUGAUAUUGUUUGUGGUGACCUUUGUGACUUCGAUCUUUACAUUCAGAAACUUUGGUGAAGGAUUAAAGCCAGCAGGUAGGAAUGAACGAUUUAAAGGCCUUGGAGAAAUUAGUGACGGGAUUCCUAUGGUUGAAGAACUAAAAGAGCGUGAACACAAUGAUUUACUCUUGCAUAAAAGAAUUGAAGACCUUGAAAGUAGAGAUGAAAUAUGGCUGCCUGAAUAA